CAAAAAUUCCCACAUCAACUGCCCUUUAGUUAGAACAAUGAAGAGCCAUAACCUCUCCAUGGGAAUAGAGGCUGUGCUCUGAGGACUUGAUCAGCCUUUUCUACUGGCACCCCAGAGAGAAGAGGUCCACCUUAUGAAACAGCCUCUUCAGGCCACCUGCAGCCAUGGAUGUCAAUGGACACCCAAAACCCCAGCCCUCCUCAGAGACUCCUGCACCUCUUGCCCUGAACUCCAGCACACUCCUGGUAAAUAAGAGUCUACAGAAAGAUUCCCUCAACAUGGUUGGUGACAGGCUCCCACCAAAGACAGGUGCUGUGGUUAUUGACAUGGGCACAGGCACCUGUAAGGUGGGCUUUGCAGGACAUUCUCAACCUACCUACACCGUGGCCACCAUCCUGGGUUGCCAGCCCAAGAAACAGACUGCCAAGGGCCGGUCGGAGCUGGAAACUUUUAUUGGGGAGGCAGCCCGUUCCCGCCCUGAGCUGAGGUUGGUGAAACCUAUUCGCAAUGGCAUUGUGGUGGACUGGGAAGCAGCGGAACUAAUCUGGCGACACAUCCUGGAACAUGAUCUCCGAGUGGCCACCCGGGACCACCCCCUACUGUUUUCAGAUCCACCCUUCAGCCCCACCACCAACCGUGAGAAACUAGUAGAAGUGGCCUUUGAGUCUCUGCACUCCCCGGCCAUAUACGUGGCAUCUCAAUCUGUAUUGUCAGUCUAUGCCCAUGGGCGUGUUAAUGGACUUGUUGUGGACACUGGCCAUGGCGUCAGCUACACAGUGCCCGUUGUUCAGGGCUACAACCUGCCCCACGCCAUCCAACGCUUAGACCUGGCCGGCAACCAUCUUACGGCCUUCCUAGCAGAGAUGCUGCUGGGCUCUGGCUUCUCGUUGCGACAGGAGGACCUGGACAUGGUGGAAAACAUCAAACAUCGUUACUGUUAUUUGGCCUCAGAUUUCCAAAAGGAGCAGGCUCGUCUAGAUCAGGAAUGCAAGCAGACCUUGAAGCUGCCGGAUGGACGGACUGUCACUCUUGGAAAAGAGUUAUUCCAGUGCCCAGAGCUCCUAUUCCAUCCCCCAGAGAUACCAGGACUGUCGCCCAUGGGCCUCCCAGCCAUGGCUGAACAGAGCCUCAUCAAGGUGCCUCGGGAACUACGGUCCCACGUGGCCCAGAAUGUCCUCCUUUGUGGAGGCUCCUCGCUCUUCACUGGCCUAGAGGGUCGCUUCAGGGCAGAGCUACUGCGCUCUCUGCCACCCGAGGACCACGUGGUGGUGAUGGCACAGCCCAACAGGGACCUCUCCGUGUGGAUUGGGGGCUCCAUUCUGGCUUCGCUGCAUGCUUUCCAGUCCUGCUGGGUCCUGCGGGAGCAAUAUGAAGAGAGGGGACCUCAGGUUGUAUACCGAAAAUGCUACUAAGAGGGGACAAGGUGGGAAGGGCUGAAGGCAGUAAAGCUUUCUUGCCAAGCAAA